CUGUCAGAGUCCAACUGAAAUCAGGAACAGAGAUGUACUUUCGCUGUUGGUUAGCUCUAUGGCUACUGUCUGCUAUAGUAGAUGGCCAAGACGAUGACCCUUGCUUGGUGCAUAACCACGAGUUACUGGACGAUCCCUGGCGGUCCACCGCGAUCUCCGCUGGGACUGUUUAUGAACAUGAUCUGCUAAUAAGUGAGGGCUGGUAUAGAUCGGUGUCGGGUGCUGGCGGGACCAUACCUCAAACGGCUCCAGGCUCCGGAAAAUGUGGAACACGAAAUCCGGUUUGGAUGGAUGACACUUUGCCAACUAACGGAGAGACUAAAUCAGUGACGAUGUGUGCUGUUGGCGUAUUCUCACCUUGUUUCCCUACAUGGUCAACAGUCCGAGUAAAAAACUGCGGUUUCUUUUACGUCUACGAUCUGAAGAGAACUCCAGGAGGCUAUGGAUAUUGCUUUGGAAGUGAAACAAAGUGUCCAGAUGGUAAAUCAUCGGAAACAGGAUUCACACCGGGCUGUAUCAGUUUUAUAGACAUUCCAUACACCGUUACGAUAACGCCUGGACUGGAAGAGAGAAUAGGACCAAGUCUAACCUUUCCUAGUGUCGACGCAGUAAACACUGAAAUAAAAUUUGAACACAAUAUAACUUUCAAUGCUAACAACGAAACCGCUGAGCAGUAUCUAUACGACAUCAACUGGUACAUCAAUGAUAACCUCUUGACGAAUUGUUCCCAUGCACUGGUAGCAUACACGAACCUGUCGACCACUCGUUUGCUGGAGAAAUGCUGGAGAGAUACAUACAAACUGAAUUUCCUGGUAAGAUGUGAAGUUCGUCUGCGUGGUCUUAACGAGAGUUCCAUUGGCCCAUUUAGGUCAAGUGAGUCCUUUAAAGCUGGCUUUACGACGGAUCAGAAUUCCUAUACCGUAGCGGAAGGUUCCUCGAUCGACGUCCUAGUAACACUUACUGUCCCAUUAGGAUGUGCUUAUCCUCUCACUUUGACUAGAGAUCAAUGGCAUGCUCAUGCGGGAAAUCAUUGUAGAACAGAAAUGCGCAUCCAGACGCCAGAUCAGACAGACACUGUCCAAUGCUCCUCAGGAGGUGUUAGCAACGAACCAGUAACUUUUGGUGAUAAUAACUGCGGUGUUCUCAUAUCUCCUAACGAUUGGGCUACCACAAAGUCCCUGAAGGUAUACGGUGCGUCAGACAACUCAGUGAAUGUGGGAAGUCGUUCUUCAUAUAUACGUUUAAAGGUUUUCGACAGUGUCUUGUAUCACCCGGCUUGGGAAAGUGCUUCAAAACCAGACAUAUUGGUUGUGGUACAAGAUGCAGAUUCCAUCGUUCUGAAUAAUCAAUGCUAUAGCAAUAAUGACCCCCACAUGAGAACGUUUGAUGGACGACUAUGGGAAAAUCAAAGGCUACGUGAAUAUGUGUUAUAUCACAACCCGCAGAAACUGUAUUGGGUCCACGCGAUGUAUCAGACAUGUCGGUUAAACCAUAUUGGACCCACAUGCAACUGCGGAGUGGCAGUCAGAAAUAAUGAUGCUGUAUUCGUCGCCAACUUUUGCGAUGCAGAAAUUGGCUGGUUUACCAGUGGGACACAAUCAAAUCGAUAUGUAGAGAAGACAUUCUGUGAUGACACCAACAUGAUAAUUAAAAAGAACGGUAACAGUUAUACGAUUACACUUCCUACGGGAACACAGAUUUCGUUUAGUCACUACUAUUCAUCGUGGAACGAUAGAGUAAAUAUUAACGGUAUAUCUAUCAAGCCAUCUCUUGCUGAUUGGAAAACGUCAUCGGGAUUGUGUGGAUAUUUGGAUGGUAACCAAAACAACGACUUUAGAACUAAAAAUGGAGGGACGGCAAACAACGAGGAAACAUUUGCACUUGAUUGGAUGAUAACUCAAAACAGCGAGAGUUUAUUUGGUGAUAUCAAUUUGUCAGAUGCAAGCCUAACAUUGCCGCGAUAUUGUAAAUGUAGAUCGAAGUCAACUUCAUAUUCAGAUUUCAACAAUACGAUAGAAUGCUCAAUCAAAACAGAAACGGUGUUGUGCUCAUAUACGGAUACUGAUAGUUUUUUUAAAACCUGUGAUGAACCAUCCAGAAGAAAGCGUUCAACUUCACAUCACAGAUAUAGACGAUCUUUCAGCGAGCAAGACAGCCCGUCGAAAUUCAAAAUCGUUUUUACAUCUGAUGCUGAUAACGCACCUGUGCCUCCGACGUGGAGAAAUGGGUGGAAUGAAUCUUUGGCUGAUGAAGCUUGCAAAACAUUUGUUCAGAAUCAGAACUUUUUAAAAAAGUGUGAAGAGGUGUUAGAGGCAACAGCCAAUGACAAUGAAGAAGGUGUUCAAUCCUGUGUCAGCGAUAUCAAGCUAAUGGGAAAUACUGAGUUUAUGCAGUCUACAGUUGAUAAUCUGGCCAGAGGUUGUCGAAUGACAGCACUUAAGCUAGAAAACCUCACUCAGACAACAGCGGCUGAUGGUACAGCAGGCCAGACAGUGUUGGACGUUCUGUUGGAUCUCGACUGUAGCAAUAACUGUUCUGGAAACGGAAUAUGUCAACAAGGAAAAUGUCAGUGUUUUGGUGACUAUGAGGGAGGUGAUUGUUCCAACAAACCGACAUUGCCUCCCGUUGUGUCGUCAAGGACAAAUCCAGGAUUGUGCAAACGGGAUGUGUAUGCUUGUAACACCUUCCAUAUCUCAGGAUCAAACUUUGCACGAGACAAUAUGACGUGCAGGGCGGUCCAUUUUACGAUCAAAGACAGCGGUUACAAUUUGACUUCAGCCAAUGAUACAUUCCCAGCCAAGUCCAUAGGGGGCGGGUUUGGUUGUACUUGUACACUCAGCGACACAUUGAGGAGGAGAAAGCGUUCUACAGACCAGGAUGACUACCAGGACAGGACAAAGCGUUCCACAGAACCUGUAGUGGCAGAGGGAUUUUUUCUGAGUGUGUCUAAUGAUGGAGUCGCGUUCAGUGCUGAUAUAGUCGUCAUUAUUUUCGACUCCUGGUGUCAGAAUUGUAAUACAACGACUAUCUCGUGCGUCGAAUUCACUUCUUGUAUUACAACGACGCCCUUACCAACAUCAUUUACUACGUUGCCUUCAACAAAUGCCACAACACCAACGGAAACCACAACUGAGCCGACUACAACCACAACAGUGCCUACUACAAACACAACUGAGCCUACUACAACCACAACUGAGCCUACUACAACCACAACUAAGCCGACUACAACCACAACUGAGCCGACUACAACCACACCAGUACCUACUACAACCACAACUGAGCCGAGUACAACCACAACUGAGCCCCCAACAACCACAACUGAGCCAACUACAACCACAACUGUGCCAACCACAACCACAACUGAGCCGACUACAACCACAACAGUACCUACUACAACCACAACUGAGCCGACUACAACCACAACUGAGCCCCCAACAACCACAACUCAGCCGACUACAACCACCACAACCACAACUAAGCCGACUACAUCCACCACAACCACAACUGGGCCGACUACAACCACCACACCUGAGCCGACACCAACCACCACAACUGAGCCGCCAACAACCACCACAACUGAGCCCCCAACAACAACAACUACGCCGCCUACAAAAACCACAACUGAGCCGACUACACCCACCACACCUGAGCCGACACCAACCACCACAACUGAGCCGCCAACAACCACAACUGAGCCAACAACAACCACCACACCUGAGCCGACACCAACCACCACAACUGAGCCCCCAACAACCACAAUUCAGCCACCUACAACCACAACUGAGCCCCUAUUACAACCACCACAACCACAACUACGCCGCCUACAACCACCACAACUGACCCGACUACACCCACAACUGAGCCGACUACAACCACAACUGAGCCGACUACAACCACAACGGAGCCCCCAACAACCACAAUUGAGCCGACUACAACCACAACUGUGCCAAUAUCAACCACAACUGUGCCGACUACAACCACCACACCUGAGCCGACUACAACCACCACAACUGAGCCGACUACAACCACCACAACUGAGCCUACAACAACUACUGAGUCAACAACAUCUCCUACUGGCGGAGGGAGUGGCCAUGACCUGUGUAAUAGUCGGUAAUUGGAACACUGGAUUAAUAGUCAGUGCGGUUAUCGCUGGACUAGCGGGUAUUGCCGUGGUGUUGAUGCUGACCAAAAUCGUCCUAACUUACAAGAAAUCUGCCGCGGCAAAAAGGAUGAAGAAAUAUUCAGAUGCAAGGGAGGUUGAGGAUAAUUACUACAGGCGAAACACCUAUUGGGAGCAUAGCAGAGCUUAUCCGAGCUUCGGACGUUCCUCUGGAUCCAGUCGUAUACAGACCCGGAUUUAUUAAUGUUUACAGCUGUGUGAUAACUUUGAGAUUUGGUUGGUUAGAUUCAUUUGACUUUUUGUAGUACAUGUACUUUAAAAGAGGAAACUACGUGAUUCAUAAAUACUUAGGUUUUUUCGCAUUGUGUUAAUAAGCGCGAAAAUAUUCAACACGCGAAUAAAAUUUAAAGAUUUUUCAUAUUCUUGUUAAAUGGAAUAAAUAUAUUUCAGAAUUGUUGCAAAUUUCAAUAGCACGACCACUUUAAAUAGUCACCAAGGGAACAUUUGCAAAGCAAACAUGUACACUGUAAAAGUAUUUGGAGUUUAGACUCAACAUAAUUCAGAAAUCCCUUUGUUUCUAUAAAAGUUAUUGUAUGUUGUACAUAUCAGUUUUUGAAUCGCAUCGUUCUAUAACAUGUCAAUAACAUAAAGAGCGCACGUACACUCUGUUAAUCAUUGAAAGUUUCAAUUCAUAAUUGUUAUCCGGAGUUGCUUUUGUUCUUACGUUCAUAUCAUUAAUAGCAAAUUGGAAUAAUAAGAUACAUUUCCAAUAAAGCGUUUCGUUGAGUACAACAAUUCAGCGUUUCGUUGAAUACAACACUUCAGCGUUUCAUUGAAUACAACAAUUCAGCGUUUCGUUGAAUACAACACUUCAGCGUUUCAUUGAAUACAACAAUUCAGGGCUGCGCUUAGUUUCGGCGUUUUUUAAUAGAUUUUAAAAUCCCAAUGCUUAUAUGAAAAACGAACUCCGCAACUUGAAGAUGAUCUUUACUAAUUUGUUGUCACUAGAAUAUCUAAUGAUUGACUAUAUCUACUUACAAUGUAACACUUUGCCAUAGGAAUAGCGACAUACCACGCAUUUCAUCAAAUGCUCACAUUUAUAUCAAGUUCCAUAUCUAUAUAUGUCAUUAUAUAUUUGCAUGAUAAUAUUAAUAAUACAUUAGAUAUGCAUUGACAGUACAAUUCAUAUAGUUUGCCCGUGUUGAGAAGUAGCGAGAAGUUUCACGGUUUCGUUUCGUUUGUCGGUUCACGGAGCUGUCGUCUAGUGAUUUAGAUUAACAAUAAAGUCAAAUGCACCGUUGAUAUAGAUAUGAUAUUUAGUCUUCACUAUUUAAGCCUUAUAAAUGGUCAUAACCUUACCAAACUUGGAAUUUGAAUAUUUGACUAUCUUAACCGCGCCCAUGUUUCGGUCCGACCCCUCAACAGUCAUUGUUACUAUAUAUUUUUUAAAUGUAAUGUGGUGGCCUUCUGUUCGACUAAAUAAGCAUUAUUGCUGCGAAUGGUUGCAUUACACUUGUCGGCGGUAUCAAGAAUUUGGAAAUUCAAGAGAAGGUCGUAUUCUUAGCGCUCGCUCCAAGGACAAGUUCACUGCUAGUAUAAAUAGAACAGUUUUAUUAUUGUUUCUAGAGGAACCUUUUAUGAUUGACUGAUUAUCGGCAUUACCUGGAUAUAGAUAUGAUAACAAAGUAAUCACCUAGCUAGGGCUUUUUAAUGUACUGGGGAGGCUUUGAUCAGCGCGAUAAUAAUUUUACGUUUGAGAUUUCCGACUUAUGCUUUUUAGUGUCUGCAAUUUAACUAUAUAUUCAUCGUGUCUUGAUGGUGAUCCUAAUAGAUUCUUCAUAUAACAUAAAGCCGCAUAAAAAUUAGAAGGAAAGUUAUUUAAAACACCUAAAUGUUUUUUGUGGGAGCUUGGAUUAUUUGUCUUUUGAAAUGCUAAAUUUUGAUUGGUUGAAGUUGCUCCCGAUAAAAAUUAAAGCGCAAGGUUGUGUUUUGUGUGAAAUAAAUUUUGUUUUAUGAGAAAGAAUUAAAUCUUCAUCUAAC